UGCUGUGACCGCUGACGGAAAACGGCGCACACUGUCGCAAGGUGUCACUUGUGUCGGGUAAAUUUCUUAUUCGUCGCCUCCAUCGUGUUGAAUUUGCAAGUAAAGGUCUGCUAGCGAUCUCGGGUUGACACUCGCUACCGGUCCAACAUACAUGGUCCGAGCGUGUCACGAAACAGGAGGGAUUCUGGUGUUCAAAGUGGACACCAUUUUAUGAUAGUCAAUGUAUCUGACUUCAAGGAUAGUCUGAUCCAAAUCGGCUAAUAACAGUGCCAUUCACGUUGUGGAUGGGUGUGCAAUAGCAAACUAACGUUACUGUAUAACUCCAAAAGAGGGGCAGAGCCUCAUCUAUGAAGAUGGACAUUGCAGACGAAGGGGAUAUAUGUCGCGUGUGUCGUUCAGAGGGGACCCCAGACAAACCGUUGUACCACCCCUGUGUCUGCACUGGCAGCAUCAAGUUCAUCCACCAGGAAUGUUUGGUCCAAUGGCUGAAGCACAGCAGGAAGGAGUACUGUGAAUUAUGCAAGCACAGAUUUGCUUUCACACCAAUCUAUUCCCCAGACAUGCCCCCCCGGCUGCCCAUCCAGGACAUCUGUGCUGGCCUGCUGACCAGUGUGGGCACGGCCAUACGAUACUGGUUUCACUACACACUGGUGGCCUUCGCAUGGCUGGGGGUGGUCCCCCUCACUGCAUGUCGAAUCUACAAGUGUCUGUUUACCGGCUCUGUGACCUCGCUCCUGACGCUGCCUUUGGACAUGCUCUCCACAGAUAACCUGCUGGCAGACUGUCUGCAGGGCUGUUUCGUGGUGACGUGUACACUGUGUGCGUUCAUCAGUCUGGUGUGGCUCAGGGAGCAGAUAGUCCAUGGAGGUCCCCCCCUGUGGCUGGAGCACCACCAGCAGCCCCAGCCCAAUGCAGCCGGACAACAGCCCAACGAGGCUGCCGGUCAAGGAGCAGCUGAUGAACCCCCUGCCCCUGCCAACCCCCCAGCUCACGAGGCAGAGCCAGAGCCCCCGGACGGCCCCCCAGAACAGGGGGAGGAGCCAGAACUAGACAACGAGGAAGAGGAGGGGGCGGCUGCCGAAGAUGUGGAUGCCAACAACGGGGCUCAGGAUGAUAUGAACUGGAAUGCUCUAGAAUGGGACAGAGCAGCAGAGGAGCUCACGUGGGAGAGGAUGCUUGGACUCGAUGGCUCCUUGGUUUUCUUAGAGCAUGUGUUCUGGGUUGUGUCUCUGAACACUCUCUUCAUCCUGGUCUUCGCGUUCUGUCCAUACCACAUUGGCCACUUCUCUGUCAUGGGCCUUGGCUUUGAGGAAUAUGUACAAGCCUCCCAAUUCGAGGGCCUGAUCACAACCAUCGUAGGGUACAUCCUGCUGGCCAUGACGCUCAUCCUCUGUCACGGGUUCGCUGCUCUGGUCAGGUUCCAGCGGUCCCGCCGUCUACUAGGGGUCUGCUACAUCGUUGUCAAGGUCUCACUGCUUGUUGUCGUGGAGAUAGGAGUUUUCCCCCUCAUCUGUGGCUGGUGGCUCGACAUCUGCUCUUUAGAGAUGUUUGACGCGUCUCUGAAGGACAGAGAGCUGAGUUUUAAGUCUGCUCCAGGCACCACCAUGUUCCUGCACUGGCUGGUGGGAAUGGUCUAUGUCUUCUAUUUCGCAUCCUUCAUCCUCCUACUGAGAGAGGUGCUGAGGCCUGGGGUCCUGUGGUUUCUGAGAAACCUGAACGAUCCAGACUUCAACCCAGUCCAGGAGAUGAUCCACCUACCUAUCUACAGACACCUCCGCAGGUUCAUCCUGUCUGUGGUGGUGUUCGGCUCUAUUGUUCUCCUGAUGUUGUGGCUGCCCAUCAGGAUGAUCAAGCUCCUCCUCCCUGCCUUCCUGCCCUACAACGUCAUGCUUUACAGUGAUGCUCCAGUCAGUGAGUUGUCUCUGGAGCUGUUGCUACUGCAGGUGGUUCUGCCAGCUCUCCUGGAACAAGGUCACACACGCCAGUGGCUCAAAGGUCUGGUCAGGGCCUGGACCGUCAGCGCUGGAUACCUAUUAGACCUCCACUCUUACCUGCUCGGGGAACAGGAAGACAAUGAUGCUAACCAGCCUGUCAACAACAACCCUGCUCCCGGUCACCAUAACAACAACAACGCUAACCCCGCCCCUGCUGUGGGGGAGGGGCUUCAUGCAGCCCAUCAGGCCAUACUACAGCAGGGAGGACCUAUAGGUUUCCAACCCUACCACCGGCCCCUACGCUUCCCUUUCAGGGUCAGUUACACUACACACUACCACCGACCCCUACGCUUCCCUUUCAGGGUCAGUUACACUACACACUACCACCGACCCCUACGCUUCCCUUUCAGGAUCGUCUUGCUGAUAGGGUUCAUGUGUAUCACCCUGCUGGUUUCCAGUCUGGUGUGUCUGACGUUACCAGUGUUUGCGGGCCGUUGGCUGAUGUCAUUCUGGACAGGCAGCUCGAAGAUCCAUGAGCUGUAUACAGCAGCGUGUGGUCUGUACGUGUGCUGGCUGUCCAUCCGCGGUGCCACCGUGCUGUUGGCCUGGAUGCCCCAGGGACGCACUAUCAUCAUGGUCAAAGUCCAGGAGUGGAGCCUCAUGAUUCUGAAGACCCUGGUAGUAGCGUUGCUAGUGGCUGGUGUUAUCCCUCUACUGCUGGGCCUGCUGUUUGAACUGGUCAUCGUUGCUCCGCUACGCGUUCCUCUGGACCAGACACCUCUCUUCUACCCCUGGCAGGACUGGGCUCUGGGGGUGCUCCAUGCCAAAAUCAUCGCUGCCAUCACCCUCAUGGGUCCACAGUGGUGGCUGAAGACUGUCAUAGAGCAGGUGUAUGCUAACGGCAUCAGGAACAUCGACCUCCAUUUCAUCAUCUGUAAGCUGGCUGCCCCUGUCAUCUCGGUGCUGCUGCUGUCCCUGUGUGUCCCCUACGCCAUAGCAGCCGGGGUCGUACCUGCCGUAGGUCUGUCAGGUGUGUCAGGUGUGACUCCAGAGAUGCAGAUUCUGAUACAGAGGAGGAUCUACCCAUUCCUCCUGAUGGUGGUGUCCAUCAUCGGCAUCCUCUCCUUCCAGAUACGACAGUUCAAACGUCUUUACGAACACAUCAAGAACGACAAGUACCUGGUUGGCCAGCGGCUUGUCAACUACGAACGCAAGGCUAGGGGAGCCAGCUCUGUCCCGCCCCCUAACUCUACCCCAGAAUAGUCAAGUUUGCUUUUGGAAACCACCCAUCUCGUGUUCUCUCUCUCUCCGCCUCGCUCUCUCUCCCCCUCGCUCGCUCUCUCUCCCCCCCUCUCUUUCUCUCCCCCCUCUCCCUUUCAUGUUCAUGCCUUGCUAAGUGUUAAGUGCAGCCUGAGGAUUGUACAUAUGUAAAUACUUUGGAUGCGGACCUGUCUGAAAUUGGACAGAUUUGGAUUAAUGAAAUGACCAUUGUACAUCUUAAGUGUAUGUAUAUUAAUUUAUUAAAUCAAACUGACAAUUUG